AAAAAAACCCUUAAUACAGAUAUGAAGUUUUGUUGGUUCAUACUUUUUAACGUGUUGGCCUAUGCUUGGUCUUUACCUCCUAGGGUGAAUGAUGCAGUGCCAUUGUUGGAUCUGCAAUUCAGGAAUAUUCACACGGGACGCAUAACCAAUGGCGAGCCAGCUGUUGAAGACCAAUUCCCCUAUCAAGUGGGAUUGACUUUGCAAAAGAGUAUCAUCUCUUCGAGUUGGUGUGGAGGAUCUUUGAUUGGGGAAAAUUGGGUGCUGACCGCUGCUCACUGUACAAAUGGUGCAAUGCGUGUCAUCGUCUAUUUGGGCAGCACUGAACGCACUAAUCCCAAAGUCAGCUUUACGGUGGAAGCAUCGAACAUUCGUCAGCACAGUGGUUACAAUGCACAGUAUCUGUCCAAUGAUAUUUCGUUGAUCAAAAUACCAACAGUUGCCUUCAGCAGUUCAAUACAACCGGUUAGAUUGCCAGCUAUCUCUUCCUCUCACUCCACAUAUGCUGGAGAUUAUGCCAUUGCCUCGGGCUGGGGUCGUACUUCCGAUGUUUCUUCGGUUGCCGCAGAUUUGAAUUUUGUGGUUUUCCAGGUCAUGAGCAAUAGCGUAUGUGCCGGUAUCUAUGGCACAUCUGUAGUUACCGCCAAUACUAUCUGUGUCUACACACCCGAUGGUAAAUCAACCUGCCAAGGUGAUUCUGGUGGUCCUUUGGUAACGGUCCACAAUAAUCUAUUGAUUGGUAUUACCUCCUUCGUUUCAUCGGCCGGUUGUCAAUCUGGAGCUCCUGCUGGCUUUGUGCGUGUCACCCGCUACUUGGAGUGGAUCAAGGCCAAUACUGGCAUUGCUUAUGAGCAAUAAUGGAUAUAAGUGUUUAGAGUAUAAAAUGAAUGAAUAGAAUAAAAAAUAAUAAAAUAUAAAAAAAAUCCUGA